CAAUCCUCUUGGCGGAGGCGUCUCGGCAGAUCCUCUGCUCAUGCGGACGGGGAGAAAAGGGUGGCUCCCGGGGCCGUAGGUCUUUGGGUGCAAGCUGAAGGCGCGCUGAGGCUGACCAGGGGAUCACCUACGGACGGGAAGCUGGUUUGCGGAGGAUUGAGUGAGCGCUGUUUGAACGAGAAAACUUCAUCACAAGCAUAACCGUAUUUGGAGCUGAAAUGGAACAAGCAUUUGAUGAGCCAGUGAGAGAUCAGGUCACACGGACACAUUUGACAGAAGACAUUCCAAAUGCCAAUAAGUGCACAGUGAUCGGAGGUUCUGGAUUCCUGGGACAGCACAUGGUGGAGCAGUUGCUGGCAAGAGGCUACACUGUCAAUGUAUUUGAUAUGCGGCAAGGGUUUGACAAUCCCCAGGUGCAGUUCUUUCUGGGAGACCUCUGCAGCCAACAGGAUCUGUACCCAGCUUUGAAAGGUGUAAGCACAGUUUUCCACUGUGCAUCACCCCCACCAUCCAGUAACAACAAGGAACUCUUUUAUAGAGUGAAUUACAUUGGCACCAAGAAUGUCAUUGAAACUUGCAAAGAGGCUGGAGUUCAGAAACUCAUUUUAACCAGCAGUGCCAGUGUCAUCUUUGAGGGUGUCAACAUCAAGAAUGGAACCGAAGACCUCCCUUAUGCUGUGAAACCCAUUGACUAUUACACGGAGACAAAAAUCUUACAGGAGAGAGCAGUCCUGGGUGCCAAUGAUCCUGAGGGGAAUUUCUUAACCAUGGCCAUUCGCCCUCAUGGCAUUUUCGGCCCAAGGGACCCCCAGUUGGUCCCCAUCCUCAUCGAGGCAGCCAGGAAAGGCAAGAUGAAGUUCGUGAUUGGAAACGGGGAGAACUUGGUGGACUUCACCUUUGUGGAGAACGUGGUGCACGGACACAUCCUGGCUGCAGAGCACCUCUCCCAAGACACGGCCGUGAGUGGGAAGGCAUUUCACAUCACCAAUGACGAACCCAUCCCUUUCUGGACAUUCCUGUCCCGCAUCCUGACAGGCCUCAACUAUGAGGCCCCCAAGUACCACAUCCCCUACUGGGUGGCCUACUACCUGGCCCUCCUGCUGUCCCUCCUGGUGCUGGUGGUCAGUCCUGUCAUCCAGCUCCAACCCACUUUCACACCGAUGCGUGUCGCACUGGCUGGCACGUUCCACUAUUACAGCUGUGAGAGAGCCCAAAAGGUCCUGGGCUACCGGCCACUGGUCACCAUGGAUGACGCUAUAGAAAGGACUGUGCGGAGUUUUUAUUACCUGCGGAAGGUCAAGUGAUGCAGCCCAAAGACUGGGCCGUCGCAGUGCCUUCCCCGGCUACUAACUCUCCCCUGUGGACCAACAAACUAACCUCCUUCAAGUGACUUUCUUAGCUUAGGUCUCCUCCUGCCAGUUAGAUGAGAGCACACCCAGCUGUUCCAUGACCUCAAGGGUGGAGGAAACCGGAGGCAUUUCUCCCAUUUGUCGGAUUGAAUUUGAAUUUCUUAAAGCAGGCAGCUUCAUAUUCUACUGUUUUGUGUUCUCCUCUCCCUCUCCCCUACCCCCCCCCCACUCCCACCCCUCCUCUCUCCUGGGUUACUUAUCAUUCCAGCAUCCUUCUACAUAAUCAAGGAAGCUGUAGGGAAAAAAACAAUCCAUUUGGUGAAACUUCAAAUAGAUGCAGAAUUUAAAGCAAAAACUUUUUAAAAGCUUAAAUAAUUGUUACCCCUCCCCCCAUCAGUCUCCAGACUAAUCGAAAUGUAAUGUUAAAGACUUCUGUUUUUUCAUAAAACAUUCUUUCAUGGACAUGUCUCUCUCUCUCUCUCUUUUUUUUAAAGAGUUUAUCCAUUUAUUGGCCAGAGAACACGUGCAUGUGAGAGAGAGAGAGUACAAGCAGGGAGAGCGGCAGACAGAGGGAGAAGCAGGCUUCCCGCCCAGCAGGGAGCCCAAUGUGGGGAUUGAUCCCAGGACCCGGGAUCAUGACCUGAGCUGAAGGCAGCCGCUUCACCGACUGAGCCACCCAGGCGUCCUGACGUGUCUCUCUUUAUCAGCGGAGCCCCAUUGUCCUUUUUAGUUACAAGGUGGUAGCGUGCCCCAGUGGCCUGCCAUUUCAGCUGUGUAGCUCUUCUAACAUGGGACAUGGAGCUGGUUGACAGUAAGCCAUUGAAAAGGUCAGAGAGAAGAGCAUUCUCUAUCUGCUUGGAGUUUGGGCAGAAACUCCAUGAGAUGAUGUAGAAAGGACUGUUUCUCUGCAGCUCACACUCAGAACCCUUCAGGCCAGUCUCCAAAAGGCAAAGCACAUAGGAUUCAGUGUUCUCUAUUUUCUGGUGAUGUUCUGCUUACAGAACCUGAUUUCUUCCCAGACUAAUCGAAAUGUAAUGUUAAAGACUUCUGUUUUCUUCUCUGCCUUUGUCCAGGGGUGGAGAGGCAGCCGGGACACUGGAAUAAAGUGAAGAUAUUGUACAUGCCAUGAGGUUUGUGUGAUAGGAACAUCACACCCACCUGAGGGGAGACUGCUAUGUUGAUGGGGCAAGGGAGCACAAGUAGAAGUAAGACAGGGUCUUUGCCCUUAAGGCACUUAGAAUAGAGGAGCUCAAGAUAUGUUCACAAGCCCCUGUAAUACCAGACAAAAAAUAAUGCACCUGAGACAAGGUGGUGUAAGUUCAAGGAGGGGAGACAUGGCUUCCAGGCAAGACCAUCAAAGAGACUUCCAACGAGGAGGUGACAGCACUGAAUUGGACUUGAAGAAUGAAUAGUCAGUAGGUACAGGCCUGUAGGUGGCACUUCAGGCUGAAAGGUCAGGUUCAGAGUCAGUGGCUUUUUAUAAUCUCAUUAACAGUGUGUUGUCUUUCUUGGAUUCAGUAAGUACAGGAGUGACCAGCAUGGCUUAGGGUUGGGGGCGUGGAGUAGUGGGAAGUUGGGUUGGCUGAAGAGAUAAGCAGGGCUGAGGAUGCCAAGCCAAGAGAGCUAAACUGUCUCCUAUAGGCAUGGGAAACCAUUGACAGUUUACGCAGUGGAGGACAAAAAUCAAGAAAUUUAUGUCGCCACCCUGUGUGGAGCCUGGGAGAUCAGUUAGGAAGUGGCAAAGGUCUGGGCAAUGAUGCAGCCAUGGAAAUACAAAUGAAGCUUUAGCUGAAGCACCUGGAAAGAACUCCGAGCUCCCUGCUUGAUUUCCUAUGAGGAGUGGGAGGGAGGAGUAGGCCGGGGCAUAGGACUGAUAGACUCUGCUUUCAGAGCUGCUACGAGGAGACUCAUGCCUAAAAGAGUGAAGCUGACAGACCAAAGUGCCCUCAGCUUUGUCCUUUCAGCUCUCUUGGGAAAAUGCUAGCAGCUGCCUCUACAAAAGAUGUCCCUCAUCGAACUGCACAGACUGUCCAAUCUAUUCGUAUCUUCUACUUCCUAAGGGAACCUCUUGUCUGCUCACUUGUUUUAUUCACCCAUUCUUUCUACAUGUUUGUUGGGCACUGCCUGGGCUUCAGUGGUCAAUAAAACAGGCACAGCCUGGAGCUGAUAUUACAGCUGGAAACACCCUCCCUACCCCAGACAGAUUUUAUGGCUGCUCCUUGCUCUGUCCUGCAUUCCUGACUCAGACCUAUGUCACCCCCAUCUGAUACUGACCUAGUGCAGCACCUGGCCCAGGUGUACUGGAACAGCCAAGCUGACAUGUCUGCCUCCCCUGAUCCAGUCUGUAUGUAUCUCCAGGUUGUCCUUCCUAAAAGAGACCUAGAUCUGUCUCUCCUCUGUCAAAAACACUUCAGUGGGUCCCAACUUUCUCUUGAACACCUUCUGUGGCCAGUUUAUCACAACCUGUUCUCAGCCCACCCUUCCAGCUUCUUCUACUGGACUUCGCACUUGUGCGCCAGCCAUACUGCUCAUGACCUGUCAGACAUCCCCUUACUCAGGUUGCCCUGGCUGCCUGCCAUGCCCUCUCCUUGUUAUGUCCCCUAAUACAGAAUAGCCAGAUCCCUUUCCC